AUGGAUGUUCGAUAUUUAUGUAUACUUUUAUUUUCAGAAAACUUAGCGCCUUCCGAAUUGAAAAAAUUGAGGAGCAAGCAGAGGAAAGCUAAAAAGAAGGCAGAACAGGAGAGUGCUCAAGCCAAGGAGGCCCAGAUAAAAAGGGACCAACAUCACAAGUCCAGACAACAAGGGGAUGUUGAACCAGACGCACCUCAGUUGGACGAAUUAAUACCAGAAAAAUUGGAAAGGGCGGAUAAUCCAUUAGACCAAGCCAUAAAAUUCUUGCAACCAUUGCAGACUUUAGCAAAUAAUAGAAUAGAAACACAUUUAAUGGCUUUUGAAGUAUACUAUAGGAAAAACAAAGUGCUUCUUAUGCUGCAAUCCCUGAAACGGUGCUUCAGACUGGACUCUGAAAACCCAAGACUCCACAGUUGCCUGAUUCGCUUCCACAAGGUGUGUUCCAAGAACAAGAGUAGUUGGGACCCAGCCGUAAUCGAAGUCGUAGAGAGAGAAACCAAAGAAUUCUUCGGUGAUAAGAACGCCAAAGUUCUGAACGCCGAUUUCCUGAAGCGUCAUUCCAAGAGUUUGGAGGCCGCACUGGAGGGCGCUUCUAUGAUGUAUUUCUUAGAUGAGAAGACGCAGAACGCUGCAAUCAAUUUGGUUACAAGCAUGGACAAUAAAAAAUAUACUGAUAUCAAUUUAAAGAAUUGUACUAACGUUUUACAAUCAUUGAGAAAAGGAGCUUUUGGUAGCUGUGAAUCCCAGGUAGAGGACUACGUAAAUAAGUGUAACAAACGUUUUCCUUAUGCUGCCGCUUUCAAACCACCUGUUCAAGAGACGAAAGAAGCAACCCCAGAUAGCAAUCAUGUAUCGCAAGAUGAAAACUGCCACAGUAACUGAUGUUUGUUCAAGGAGGUUUUUAAUCACCAGGGAGCGGUUCAAAGAUAUACCAAUGACAGAAUAGUUGCAUCUUGCUAUUUAUUGCGGGUCUAAAGAUGAAAUGGAUCUGCUUUCAUUCUGUAAAAUGAGAUUUGAAAUAUGGCAGUUCUGAGAAUGUAGAUCAUAUAAAAAUCCAUCUUGUAGCUUUAUUUAAUCUUCCAACAUUUCCUUCUAUACCUUUUCUAUUGUCGCUGCUAUUGAUAAACCAUUUAAUCUCAUUUUACCCAAUUGAAACCAGGUCUACGGGAUCGCUUUCUGGUAUUGUGUAGAUAUGACAUUAUUUUUUUUCUUAUUUAGUGUCGAAGGACUGAUAAUAAAUUUAUUCUCCAAGGGUUUUUACUCAUGAAAAUUAACCUUUAAUUAAGGUUUAAUGAAUAGAAAGACAAAGUGAGUUCUGAAGUUUUUGUAGAAAAUUAAAUAGUUGAAAUUUUGAUCUUCGGCGAUACUAAUUAUGGUUUUGUAUCUCGAAAAUGACUUACUUCAUGUUGAAGUAACCGAUGAAAUUUUUGCUCUUGGACAAAGUUUUUAAUUAAUUUAUUCUAUAAUACUAUUAAGCGAUUUGAAAAUUUUCUAUGAAAUAUUUCACUUUGUAAUUUAAUUAUUCCAUGAUCCUUAUUUUUUUAAAUUGAUUGCAGAAAGAUAUAUUACAAGAAAAUUGUACAGUAUUGUUUGAAAUAAUUAGAUUUAUAUUUUAUUCUUUUCAUUUCAGGUUUGUAAGAUGUUGUUGGAUAUUUCUUCCACCUGCCUAUUUGUAAAAUAAUUUUUGUUUUAUUUUAAUCUUUUUGUUUUCAUGAAAUAAAAAAUUACAAUUGAACUACUCAA